AUGUCGAAAGUUUACGUCGGAAACCUUUCCUGGGGCACCGAUGAUGAGUCUCUCCGUGCGGCAUUCAGUCAGUUCGGCCAGAUCACUGACGCUAUCGUUAUGAAAGAUCGCGAAACCGGCCGCAGCAGAGGAUUUGGCUUCGUCAGCUUCAGUACUGCCGAGGAAGCUGAGGCUGCCAUCAGUGGUCUCCACGACUCCGACCUCGAUGGUCGCCGUAUCAAGGUCAACAUGGCCAACGCUAGACCCUCUGGCAACCGUGGCGGCUACGGUGGCGGCUACAACCAGGGUGGCGGCUACCAGGGUGGUGGCUACCAGGGUGGUGGCUACCAGGGUGGCGGCUACCAGGGUGGCGGCUACUAA